GGAAUGUGCCUGGAAUGUCUGAAGAGGAGUAACAGCCAUCUUGGCUGGAGCAGAGUGGGCUAGGCAGGCAGGAAAGGGAAUUCAGAUAAAGAAGCUUGUGGUCCUUAUAAGAACAUUUUAUGCUGAGAGAGAUAGGGGCACUGCAGGGUUUUGUACAGGAUUGACAGCUAAUUUGUAUUUUAAAAGGAUCACCCUGAUGCUGUGUUGAGAACAGAUUAUCUGGAGGCAGAGGUGGAAACAGACUACUAGGAAGCUGUUGCAGUGAUCUAGGUGAGAAAGAUAAUAGCUAGGACCAUCAGGGCAGCAGUAACAUGCUGAUGAAAGAGGAGUCUCAUGGUUCUCCUUUGCUGACUCCUUUCCUAAAGGAGGAAAGUUGGAUGCCUGGAUGGGGAAAUGGAUGCUGUUUCUGGUGCAGGAUUCAGGGUCCCAGCAGGAAAAAGAGACCAUACUCCAAUUAUAAUAAUGUGAAGAGAAUUUAAUAAAGGAACUUUUCCCAACAGAAUGGACAGAAUGUAGGGAAACCACGAAGGUUAGUGGUUUCCAGAUACAUGUGACCAGAGGCUCUGUAACUCCUAGGCUUGAAGAGAGUCCCUGGAAGGGAGGGAAUGGAAGAUACAAGUUCUGGAAAUGUCUAUGAGGCUGAAGUUUUCCAUAAGUACCUGGAAAUAAGGUUGGCACCUGAACGUUAGAAAAACCCACCCAGAAUAGAUGUGGGAGUAAAGCAAAGAUAGUUGGUCUAUAAAUGUGUGGGAAUUAAAGACCAUCAAGGUGGUGGCUAGGGGUCUCUCAAGGGGCUGGUGCAGGAUUAGGACUCUAGUUGUAUGAACAGAAAUCCCAAUUGUAUUAAAUGAGCUAAUAAAGGUAAGAUGUUUACAACAGUGUCUCUAAGGAAGUAGUUGCUAUUGUUAAACCCAGCUUGGAGAGAGGCUUUGUGAACAGAAGAGAGAUCACAGAAAAGAGGCAUCCCAAAGCAGCUGGGAGAAUCAUGUAUUCAGACUCUGGUCAUGGUGAUACUGGGAGAAAUUGAGUCCUUAGCAUCAAGGCUACCCCUGUAGAGGGGGAUACGAAUUCAAGGUUUCUUCCUUGAGACUUGACAUACCAUCCCCUUUCUCAUUCUAGGGGUUCCAGGUUCACUCUGCUAACCUUCUGGUAACUGCUUCCCAAGGAGCAGCCCAAACUGCUUUAUUCAAUUGGUGCAAAAAUUCAGGUUUCCCUGACAGUUCUAUUUCUCUGUGCAAAUUAAUACCUGGGCUUUUGGGGUUUGUACAAAAUACUUUAGUUGGGUCAAAUACCACCCCUGCACAGGGAAUUGGAUCUACUUACUGCACCAAUGAAUUUGAGUUUUGGAGCUAGAGGCCUGCAAAUCACACUCCUCAAAACAGCCAAAGGUGUCCACCUUUAGCAGUAUUGCCUUCUGCCAGUUAAUCUGCAUCAAGUGGGAAGAGUGAGAAUGAUGGGGAAUCCUAGCUAGGGGUAGGCAAGGCUCCAGGGCAUAGCCAGGAAGGGGAGUAGGAACUGAGGCCUAUGCCUCACAACAUCUCCUCUAGGAAGCUUUCCCUGAUCCUUGCUCCAUCCAGGCUGGGUUCUGUGCACUCCCAAGCACAUUUUAUGUUACUGGUCACAUUGGGCAAAGAGCCUCUGUCUACUUGUCCAGACACACCUGAACCCCUGGAAGGUAAGGACAAUAUCUCAUUCGACUUUGUAGCCAGGGACCUGGUACAGAAUAGCUACUUAGUUAAUGCUUCCUUCAGUGCACGAUUGAAUGAAUGAAAGAGACAGAGUGGAUGAAUAAAGGAUAAGAGGGUGAACUGUAAGCCUUCUAGGGCAGGAACCUGGAAUGACUUGUGCUGUAGGCACAGUGCCUGGCAGUCAGUGUCCAAAGUGGUCUGGAUGGGCUGAGCAAGGAUCAAAUCCUUCUUGCCUCUUCUUGUAUGCCUACCCCCGAUUACCCCCUCCCUUUGGCUCCUGCCGCUGCCAAAGACUGAACACCCGGUCCCCACCGCUGCAUGAAGCAACACGGAACCGGGUGGUGUCUGGGCUUGUUUCUGUCGCUACAAGAUUCAGGGUCUUGCUCUUUUUCCAUGAAAGAACUUUCCCAAGGCAGGGGUGCCCCUGGCUCUGGCUGAGGUACUAGGAUCCGCAGCGCCCAAUAUCCCAGGCCGCUCCGGCUUCUUCCUGAGGACGCUGCUGGCUCGGGGAGCGGCCGGGGUGGGCGAGGCUCCAGAGAACAGAACAGUCCAGGCCUGCACCGCCGCCCAGUCCCGCUGGGGCAGGGACAGGGACGGAGGGGUGAGGGGGUGGAAGCGAGUUUCUGCGGCACUCCACGCCCCCUUCCUCAAUCCCCUUCCUCUGGUACCCUCCUUGCAGCCCCUCAAUUUGCAAACGUUUGGGGUUUUCAUCCACUGGCGUCACGGAAAAGACAGGAGGGUGACCGGAGUCUAGGAGGCGAGGAGGCGGCGGUGGCUGGCGGGGGAGAGCGAGACGCUCCAGACCCUCGGGGCGAGAGCUGGCUUCUUGCUGGCGGUGUGGAGGGACUGCAAGUGCUGGAGGAGGCGGGCUGGAGGCACGGAGGCCGGCCGGCCGGGCGCCAUCUGUUCCCUGGAGCUCACUCUGCAAACUCCUGUUGAGUGUGCGCGCGCGUGCUGGCCGGGCGGGGGUCUGUACGCCGGCGCCGGGCGGCAUACCUUCGGACGGGGUCCUCGGAUUCUAUCGGGUCAGGCUCAGAAACUGCUGAGGAAUUAGGCAAACAAAGGGGCCACUCAGCUGGUGGGGCAAAGUCGCCUGAACGCCACUUCGCCCCUCUCACCCGGCGCCCGAGCCGGCUGGAGGUCCCCUGGACCGCCAGGGUCGGCGAGUUGGCGGCCUGUUGUGUAAGCCGCAGUCCUUGUUUUCCCCGGCCUGGCUGGUUGGGAAGCUGGACACAUCCACCCUUGGACUCGAUUCAGGAAGGAGGCUGCUGCUUUUUCCUUUGGAUUUUCUGGAUUUUUGUAAACCCAGUGGCCCAGGAGGAGGAGAAGGAGGAAGGAGCAGAUCUGGGGAGGAAUGUGAGAGAGUCUUCCAAGGCCUGGAGGGGCCAGAAGGAGCUGGGAGCCACAGCUGCCAGGGUCUGGAACCGUGAUUUCCGAGUGAUUCUCUUUUGUUUUAGAACCUUGUUACAGUGGAAAGUGGAAUUUUUGCCCUCUCAUUUCUCCAAGUCACUUGACUUUUCUCCUUGGAGUGGAAGGAGAGAGAAACUCCCCUUCAGGGCCUGUCAAGCAAGGGUAGGAAGAAGACUAUGGAUAUGAGGCUCCCCUGCCCCCAGACAGGUGCUGGGAGUUGUGAUAGGGAAGUUUUGGGGCCAUGGGCACAGCUUUGAAGAGGGGGCUGGACAGCAUCUCUGGGUGCUGAGACCUGCAUUAGGGGCAGAGACAGCUGCUGGGGCAGGCCUUUGUUUGCUAGUGCGUUCUUGGACAUCCUAGUUCUGGGCAGGACCCUUUCCUCAUCUUUCUCUACCACUGGCCCAGCCAUGGCACUAAAAGGCCGAGCCCUCUAUGACUUCCACAGUGAGAACAAAGAGGAAAUCAACAUCCAGCAGGGUGAGGAUUUGGUCAUCUUCAGUGAGAACUCAUUGGAUGGUUGGCUGCAGGGCCAGAACAGCCUUGGUGAGACAGGACUCUUCCCCGCCUCUUAUGUGGAGAUUAUUAGCUCUGGCACCAGCUUCAACCAUGCUGACUACUCCAGCGGCUCUGCAGGCUCUCCAGGCACCCAGGUGAGCAUGUAUGACAGCUCCAGUGUGGCCAACCUUGCGAGUGGUGGGGGCAGUGGCUUCCUCUCAAACCAGGGUAGCUUCGAGGAUGAUGAUGAUGAUGACUGGGACGACUGGGACGAUGGAUGCACAGUGGUUGAAGAACCACGGGCUGGUGGGAUGGGCACCAAUGGGUACUCCCCACUCAACCUCUCCUACCCUGGUGCCUACCCCAGCCAGCACAUGGCCUUCCGACCCAAGCCACUCCUGGAGCGGCAGGACAGUCUGGCAUCUGCUAAGCGAGGCAGUGUGGUGGGGCGCAACCUCAACCGUUUCUCAUGCUUUGUGCGCUCUGGAGUGGAGGCCUUCAUCCUGGGUGAUGUGCCCAUUAUGGCCAAGAUUGCUGAGACAUACUCCAUUGAAAUGGGCCCUCGUGGCCCUCAGUGGAAGGCCAACCCCCACCCAUUUGCCUGCUCUGUGGAAGAUCCCACCAAACAGACCAAAUUCAAGGGCAUCAAAAGUUAUAUCUCCUACAAGCUCACACCCACGCAUGCUGGCUCCCCUGUCUACCGGCGGUACAAGCACUUUGACUGGCUCUAUAACCGCCUGCUUCACAAAUUCACUGUCAUCUCUGUGCCCCACCUGCCAGAGAAGCAGGCCACAGGUCGCUUUGAGGAGGAUUUUAUUGAGAAGCGGAAGCGGCGGCUCAUCCUCUGGAUGGACCACAUGACCAGCCACCCUGUGCUGUCCCAAUAUGAGGGUUUCCAGCAUUUCCUCAGCUGCUUGGAUGACAAGCAGUGGAAGAUGGGCAAACGCCGGGCAGAGAAGGAUGAGAUGGUUGGUGCCAGCUUCCUCCUCACCUUCCAGAUCCCCACGGAGCACCAAGACCUGCAGGACGUGGAGGACCGUGUGGACACUUUCAAGGCCUUCAGCAAGAAGAUGGAUGACAGUGUCCUGCAGCUCAGCACUGUAGCAUUGGAGCUGGUACGUAAGCAUGUGGGAGGCUUCCGCAAAGAAUUCCAGAAGCUAGGCAAUGCCUUCCAGGCCAUCAGUCAUGCUUUUCAGAUGGACCCCCCCUUUAGUUCCGAGGCUCUCAACAGUGCCAUUUCUCACACGGGCCGUACUUAUGAAACUGUUGGUGAGAUGUUUGCUGAGCAGCCCAAGAAUGACCUCUUCCAAAUGCUCGACAUGCUGUCUCUCUACCAGGGUUUGCUCUCCAACUUUCCUGACAUCAUUCACCUGCAGAAAGGCGCUUUUGCCAAGGUAAAGGAGAGCCAACGCAUGAGUGACGAGGGCCGCAUGGCGCAGGAUGAAGCAGAUGGCAUUCGCAGGCGCUGCCGCGUGGUGGGCUUCGCCCUGCAGGCUGAGAUGAACCACUUCCACCAGCGCCGUGAGCUCGACUUUAAGCACAUGAUGCAGAGUUACCUGCGCCAGCAGAUCCUCUUCUACCAGCGGGUAGGCCAGCAGCUGGAGAAGACGCUGCGCAUGUACGACAACCUCUGACCUUGAGUACCUGGCCCCACCCCACCUUCAGCCUGGUCACUGCAGUAUACUCUGGUUUCCAUACCUCCUGCACCAGCAGCAGCUGGGGGUGGGCUGUGGAAGAGUCAUUGGUACCCCUGGGGAAGUUCUCCAUCCCUUAGAGGUGGGCACAGCAGGGGUGAGAAUGGGACCAGGAACCCUCCAGGCUGAGGCCUGGGCUGCUGGUCAGUCACUUGAGGCUAGGCCAGAGUCUUAGCCAACUGCAGAGCCUCUAGCCCUUGUGCAUCUGGCCACCAUACCCUCACUCUGGGGCCUACUGUGGUCCCGGGGUCAUAUGUUGAACACCCAGGGCUGUGACACACCUGCCAUCAGGGUGUCCCCAGUCAAGGUGGGAAUCAGACACAGAAACAGAUUUGUGGGGCGGGGGGACAGGUAACACAGAAUGACCCAUGGUAAAUAAGGGGCUCCUGGAAGCUCACAGAGGGGUCCACUCAUUCUGCAGGUCAGGGAAGACUCCACAGUGUAGGUGAUAUUCGAGUGGUGUCUUGAAGAAUGACAAGGACCUGCCAGAUAGUAAGUGAGGACAGUAGAUGGGGAGGACAUUUGGAAGAGAGGAACAGCAUGGGCAAAGGUAUGGAGGCAUGAAAACACCCUUCAUCUCUCCCUCACCUUUCCCAAGCAAGUUUGCUACUUUACUUUGAUGGGGAGGAAUCUUCCUUGUUCCUUUGUCCCUGUCCCCGCCCGUGCCCCACCCCUGCCCCCUGCAGGAGAGCCUGCAGGCCAAUACCCUCCUGACUCCCUUUUACCUGCUAAGCCCUUAACACCCUUUGGUUAGGGGACCACACAGCAUCUUUUCCCUGGACUCAAGAUGUUAAGACAAGUCAUGAACCCCAGGGCCCUGGUGUUAUCUUCCUGGAGGGCACACCCAAAAGGUACCAGAUAUUUGAGUGCACUACAAUAGCUCCUCACACUCCAGCAGGCUCAGACCCCCAGGUUUUUAGGGUCCUUGAUCCUAUGAAUCCUUGAAUUCUUCCUGGUGCACAGUGGGAAACCCAGGGGGAAAAAUAGGUUGAUUGACCCUGGGUCCACCUACCGAUGGCCAGUCUCACUGUGAUGCCUGCCUGGAUUCUGGCCAUUUGCACUGUCUCCCACUCAUGUUUAUGUCCUCAAGGGAGCUAUUCCUUCCCCAGGCCAGGAGGUGGUCCAGCAGCGAGUUGGGUGGAACUGACAGGUGCCACUGCUAGCCCCCUCCAGGAGGUCAUGGCCAUUCCUGGCGGCUGCUGCUUGAAUAUUUUUUCUUGAUAAACUUUUUUACAAUUAAGACAACAAAAACAUGACUUUUAAAUUUAGAUCUCAGAGGGGAUGAGGGUGCGGGAAGGAUAAAACCCUGAUUGUCCCUGAGGUUAUGAUAGGCACAAAAUUUACCCCAGAACCUCAAUAGUUGGGGAGAAGACUGUGCUGGUGGGAGGUGCUACCUGGGGAUCUGGCCAAGAACACCUCUAGAUAGUUUCACACCCUUCAUCUCACAAAUGGUAAAGUCCUGCCAGGGAUUUGGCUGUGCUGCUCUGAUCUAGGGCUGAGGGUUGCAUGAAAAAGGGAUAGGAGACCAUGUUUCAGGACUGUCUAAUCAAUGGGGUUCCUCUCCCCAGGGAGGCCCCAGCCCAGGGGAAGGAGGUGGAGCUCAGAAACUGCGUCCUCUCCUAGGCAGUUUUGGGUACCCAGCCAUGCGGUGGCUUCCUUGUUGGAAACUGAGGAGGACUCCUCAGCCCUGCCAUUUGGGGUGCCCCAGGCAGGAUGAACAGGAAUCUUCACACAUGGAACAGAGGAGUGUGGUGAAAGCAUGGUGUUCUUUUCAGGGCAACGUGGACUCGGUAUAGGGAGAAGUGCCUGGGCCCAGACAUCAGGGGAGGCUUUGGCCAGGCCAGGGGCCUGGGGGCUCCGGGCAGUGAGAUAAGAAAAGGGAUGGCAAAUGCACUGGGGGAGAGGACAGCAAGGGCUCCCCAUUCAGGGUAGAAUGUCCUCAGAGGAAAUUCUGGAGUGGCCCCUUGACCCUGAGUCAAAAUUAGGUGAGAUUUGGGACUUUCUGUGGAAUUUCCCCCUCCCUCCUCCCUGCUCUCCUUCCUUCAUAUCCAGUCCCUCUGAGGACCUUCUCCCCCUUAAUCUUUUCUCAGCUUUGACCUCCAAGUAGCCUUCUGCAGAGAGCAAUCUGACCACAGCAAGGGGGCUGUGGGAGUGGGGAGGGUUUGGGGGCAACUUCUUGAGGUCAGUCUGAGUAGAGUGGGAAUGCUCCUCUUAGCCCACAGUGCCUGGAAAGUCCCCAUGCAUGCUUCCUGCCCUGGGACUGCCCUCUGUCCCUUUCUAGAAAGGGGACCAUCUUCCAUACCUCCCAUCCUCAGGGUGAGGGAGUUGGCCUGAUACCAGGUCAGCUUGCACCUAGGAGAAGAACCAGAAUGUGAAGUGUUGGGACAGGCUAGGCCUACUGAGGUCAGUAGGCUGAGAUAGUAUGUGUGUGGUGGGGACUGAGAAUAGCCCCUCUCCCUGUUUUUUUUUUUUUUUUUCUGUCUGUGUGUGGGAUAGGGUGUUGGGGGAAUUUGAGAUCUGUUGGGGCUGGCCAGAGCCCCUUUCUGCAGGGGACUGGGGGAAUAGUGUGGGGGAAUAUCCUGGUGGCUGGCCUCAGUCACAAGCCAGGCACUUGUUCUAAACUAAGCUGGGCCGAGCUGCCUCCAGUUCCCUCCCUCAUUUUUGUCUGAGGGGGGUGGAAAACAAGGCUUCUCUUUCUGCCCUGGGCAACUACCAGGACCUGAGGGGACCUGAGGGGACUCCUGAUACCCAAUCUUGGCCCAACUCAGCAAAGGAGUCUGUUUUGUGGCCACAUGUAGGGUGUUGGGGAUGGAGGUGGUUCUCAGAUCCUGCAUCCUGUUGCCUCCUGGACACAGGAGGACUGUGAACCACUGUGCCACGGCUGAAACAGAGCCAGGCCUGGGGAAGACAGGUGUUCUAGGCCCAGUUCACCAUCACACCUCCCAUCCUGUGGCACAGCCACACAGUCAUCCAUACAUUCACAUUGUCCCAGACACUGUUGCCCAACCUAAAGUAGACAUAGCCACACACAGCCACACAACUUACCCACAGGCACAUAAACCACUCUUGGCCACAUACACAUAUAUGCAUGGUCAUGUGCUCUCACAAUUGCACUCCUAUCCACAGUGUCACAUACUGUCACACAUUCACAGCCAUGUCCACACUUGGCGAUGUCUAUACAUGUCAUCUGUUCACUACGUCAGUCUCAGCUACGGCAUCACUCUCAGCCACACCACAGUCUUAUGCACACAGUCAUACCCUUACACAGUGAUACACGCAAACUGCCACAAAGUCACAUGUGAACAUAGCAAAGGUGUCCCACAUGUACCACCUUCUGGGGCAGUGUGCGUGAAUCACCUCCAGCCAUCUGUGAUUAUCCAUCACUCGACACCACCAUAUUAGUUCUUCAUUGCACAGACAAGGAACUUGAGGUCCAGUGAGGGGUGGCAGCUGGCUGCAUCACCCAGUGUGCCAGGGGAUGCUUCGGGCCAGAAAUCAACUCCUGGUAGGCUCUGUGGCCUGGCCUUGUGCACCCAUGGGCCAGUAUCUAAGUUUAGGCUGCCUCUGAAGGCCCCUGGCUGAAGCCACCAAACAAAGCUCCAGGAAUCUUACCAUCUCUUGAGCUAAAGCUGAGGAUGCUGCAUCCGCAAGAGCCAGGAUGCAGUGGGCAGAGCCCAGGUCUUGGGCUAGAAGAACAUUCUUGCACCAUCUCCCUAAGCAUGUGAGGAUUGGGUCCACCCUGCCUUUCUGCUGCUGACUCAGACCUCCAGCAGUCAAGCCUUUUGGGCUCCCUGCUACCCUUCCCCAAACCUGCUUUCCCACCAAUUCGGCUGUGGUACCUCUCUCCACUGGCCAGGGCAGAAAGAGUCAGUGAGCCUGGCAAAAGACCAUGGAGAACAAUAAAAAUUCACCUCCCCAGACAGAGCUCAGAAAGGGCAAGUAUGAAAUGACUCUGGGAUUCAACAUAGCUUAACACAAACAUUUUUUCCUUGAGUUUUGUUUUGUUAGUCAAAGCCCAGUGCAGUCCAGUCUGUUUAAAAAACUGUCUCACACAGCUGUGACCUCCUUGUUCCAUACAUCAGCCUCACUAGGCGUCAUUAUUCCAUUUCAUGGACGAGACUCAGACUUGGCCAGUGGGAGAAUAGGGUCUGCCUAUGAUCACACGGUGAGUCUGAGGCCUCUGGACUCAAACCCAGCUCUCUGGAUCCAUUCCUCAAAGUCACAUGAAUUAACUUAUUUAGGUUAGAAGGAAGAGGGGGUGGCAGAUUUCCACUUCAGAGGUGAUAAAGAAUGGAGUCUGGUGAACCCAGCUGCUGAAAUGUGAAGGGGCUUAAGGGAGGUGGAUCCCAUCAGCCCCCAGGGAUGAAGAGGCUGACCCAGGGACUCCAUUACAGAUGAAUGUGUGAGGAGCAUUCCUACAUUUUUCUAUAACUGACUUGUAUUCCUCUCUUGCUUUUUCAUUCCCCUACAUGGUUGAAAUUUAAUUUCAAAUCAAUAUGGGGACCCUUUCUUUUCUGAGGGAUGCAUCUACGUUUUGUGGGUGGCACAUUUGAAGACCAUAGGCAGGCCCCUGGCACUUGGAAUUUUAGGGGCUGAAUCCCACACCCUGUCACACAAGAAAUUUUGCUGGCAUUCCACAUUAAAGUCAUUAAUAUAUACCAAUUUGAGUUAGGUUCAUUACUACUUAACAAUGUAUUGUCUUAUAGAUAUUUAAUUAAACUUUAUUAAUUUUGA